AUGGCGCCGCCCCCAGCCCCGCUUCUGGCGCUGAGACCGGGGGAGACCGGGCCUGGUUACAAGAAGCCCGGGGCCGUGAGCUUCGCGGACGUGGCCGUGUACUUCUCCCCGGAGGAGUGGGGCUGUCUGCGGCCCGCGCAGAGGGCCCUGUACCGGGACGUGAUGCGGGAGACCUACGGCCACCUGGGCGCGCUCGGAUUCCCAGGCCCCAAACCAGCCCUCAUCUCUUGGAUGGAACAGGAGAGUGAGGCUUGGAGCCCCGCCGCCCAGGAUCCUGAGGAGGGGGAAAGCCUGGGAGGAGCUCUGAGAGUUUCGGCCAGAGCACAGCGGCCCACGAGCGCUGCCUGCAGCCAGAGCACAGGCGCGCAGCCGUCCGGCCCGGCCCCUGGCGUGGGCACGCAGGACAGCCAGCGGCGUCACGUGUGUGCGGACUGUGGCCGCCGCUUCACCUACCCCUCACUGCUGGUCAGCCACCGGCGGAUGCACUCGGGGGAGCGGCCCUUCCCCUGCCCGGAGUGUGGCAUGCGCUUCAAGAGGAAGUUCGCCGUGGAGGCGCACCAGUGGAUCCACCGCUCCUGCUCCGGCGGGCGGCGGGGCCGGAGGCCUGGGAUCCGGGCUGUGCCUCGGGCUCCGGUGAGGGGUGACCGGGACCCUCCCGUGCUGUUCCGACACUACCCGGACAUCUUUGAGGAGUGCGGGAAAUGCAGCUUGGAGAAGGAGACGCAACCUGCGGCGCUCACGCACCCGAGCCUCCUCCCUUUUCCGCCGCCGGACCUGAGCACGGACGCCGAAGCGGCCGCGGCCAUCUUAACUGUGGGCAAGAGGCGCUUCCCAAGGCGGCUUGCGGAAGAGCAGAGGACAGCUCGAGAGAGGAAUAAACCAGGUCAUCAAUACCAGACCCUGGAACCCACUUAUGAACGGCCCGGCGACGAAAAGGAGCGUGGAACUCAAGAGGGCAGCGCGGGCCGGGUCAGCCCGCACCCUCCGCCGCGCCCGUGCCGCCUUCAAACCCGGGCGGGGCUGCGGCUGCGCCUGCGCCUCCCAGCGCGGCGGGAGCAGCGCUCGCGCGGCGCGUUGCGGCCAUUUCUUCCUGAUGCUCUGUGUCCCUUCCGCUCGCGGCUCUUGGUCCUUGGCCACCCUGGUGGACCCUCGAGGGGCGGGCUGCUGCGCUCGCGGCCUCCCGGACCGCGCCCCGGCCCGGGGACGUCCUCCGGCGCGGGCGGCUCCGCGGACCCCGGCCCGGCCCUUGCCAUGGCGCAGCCUCCGGCCCCGCUGCCCGCGUGGGAACCGGACGGCGCCGGGCGCGAGCGGAGGGGGCCGGGCGGCGUGAGCUUCGCGGACGUGGCCGUGUACUUCUCCCCGGAGGAGUGGGGCUGUCUGCGGCCCGCGCAGAGGGCCCUGUACCGGGACGUGAUGCGGGAGACCUACGGCCACCUGGGCGCGCUCGGGUUCCGAGGCGCCAAGCCAGCUCUCAUUUCCUGGGUGGAGGAAGAGGCGGACCUGUGGGGCCCGGCUGCCCGGGAUCCGGAGGUGGGAGAGUGUCUGACAGAAGCAGACGCAGCAGAUUCCAGAAACAAGGAAGAGAAAAGACAAAGAGAAGGGACUGAGGCCCUGAAGAAGAGCCUUUCUGUGGAAGCUCCUGGGCCGAAGGCUCCAACACACCCUUCUGCUGGGUUCCCUGACAGCUUGGAGCAGCCGUCCAAGGCACCUCGCCGGGGUCGCCCCCCACUCUGUGCGCAUCCCCCUGUCCCAAGAGCUGACCAGCGUCAUGGUUGCUACAUGUGUGGGAAGAGUUUUGCCUGGCGCUCCACCCUGGUGGAGCACCUGUACACCCACACGGGGGAGAAGCCCUUCCGUUGCCCUGACUGUGGCAAGGGCUUCAGCCAGGCCUCCUCUCUGAGCAAGCACCGGGCCAUCCACCGUGGGGAGCGGCCCCACCGCUGCCUGGACUGUGGCCGGGCCUUCACCCAGCGCUCUGCCCUCACCACUCACCUGCGGGUCCACACGGGCGAGAAGCCCUACGGCUGUGCUGACUGUGGCCGCUGCUUUAGCCAGAGCUCUGCCCUCUACCAGCACCAGCGGGUCCACAGUGGCGAGACUCCCUUCCCCUGCACGGACUGUGGCCGCGCCUUUGCCCAUGCGUCAGACCUUCGGCGCCACAUACGCACCCAUACGGGCGAGAAGCCCUACCCGUGCCCAGACUGUGGGCGCUGUUUCCGACAGAGCUCCGAAAUGGCAGCCCAUCGGCGUACCCACAGCGGUGAACGCCCCUACCCCUGUCCUCAGUGUGGCAGGUGCUUUGGCCAGAAGUCAGCCAUGGCCAAGCACCAGUGGGUCCAUAGGCCUGGUGCUGGGGGGCCCAGGGGCCGGGGUGCCAGUGCGUUGCCUGUGCCUCUGGCCCCUGGCCAAGGGGACCUGGACCCACCUGUGGGCUUCCAGCACUACCCAGAAAUAAUCCAGGAGUGUGGGUGAUGGUCCUAAAGAUGUCAAGGCAAAGGGUGAAGAUCUAGACAUUGCCUGAGGCCCAGGUUGGGCUCAGGGGCCUGAACCUCUGUGGCAGCUCCAGGGAGGUCCCACAAUUCCAGGCAAGAGGUGGACCUGGGGGGUGAGGACCCUCUUACCUUAGGCCUUCACAAGCUUGAUCUGCUGACACCUUGCUCCCUACUGUCCCAGACUCUAGAAGCCCCCUCUGCUCCGUUAGGGCUGAGGUAAGCACCUGCACAAGACCUCCGCUGUGGGGAAGAAAAGGCUGUUUCUCCACUUAGACAUGUUAAGAGGAUCGAGGUAGAAGGGAAGUUUGCUGUAUUGGUUGUCUUUACUGCAGGGGUUAAAAACUGACGGCCUUGUACUGAAUCUGGCUCGCAGCAACCUUUUACAAAUUAUUUUUGGUCCAACCAGCAUUUUAAAAUGUUACAAAUCAUGGUUAAGACUUAAAAGGAUAUUUCACACAAAAAUUCAGGUUUCUGGCCUCUUUUGAAAAAUUCGGGGAUUUGGCAACUCGACCUGAGCUCCCACAA